UGUCGUUCGUGCUUUUCAAGGUCUUUGAAGUGACACGGUAGUGUUGGACAAAAUAAACUUAGGCUGUAGAUCUAGAAUCUAGUGGACUAGAUCUAGACUACAUCUAUUUAGACCUGUAUUUAUAUUAUUAAAGACAUUGAAGGUGUAACGUUGGAUUCCUUCAGUAGUUUAAAUUAAUCCAAGAUUUAAAUACAUUGAAAAUGUCUGUGAUGUUCCAUAUUCUUACUACUGAAGAAACUCAAGAUCUUAAACUUCAGCUCCAUUUAGAGUUGCCUGGGUCUGCAAAAAUUUACUACAUAUUGUGUAAUCACCUUGACAACCUACUAAAAGGAUUUGAAGUGGUAGUAGAUCAGUGGCCUCAGUGGAAUUGCCUUUUACUAAGACCACAGAACAAUGAUUUAGUGCCAAGCUAUUUCCGACACUACUAUAUGUGUCACACUCGAAGUAUAAAAGAUUUCAAAUUUUUUAUACAACGUCCGUCUAUAGUAGAUUGGACAAAGCCUGCCAUAUUUACAGGAGUUCCAUAUGAUGUUGUUGGCUUAAUUCAAGAAAAAAGCAGAAAAGAAUUAGGUGUAGUCACAUCUGUAGAGCAUAGAUUUAUGUACGCUUGGAUUAAACCAGAACCACCUCAACCAGCUGUUGUUCCUGAUCAUCUUGAGCUAACAGUGCUAAAGAAAGACCAUGCUGAGACUGUCUGUGAUCACUGGAAACAUUAUCGCACCAACGAUGGACUUGUGGAAUAUUUUCGUCAAGUAAUUGAACAUUUUGAGAACAGUGCCAUUAUUACAAAAGAUGGUAGAUUGGUUGCUUAUAUAUGCAUGCAGUUCAAUGGGUCCAUGGCAAACUUGUUUGUGGAUCCAGAAUUCCACAGUGAAAAUUUAGGUGUUAUUCUAUUAAGAGAUCUCACUAGAAAACUUCUGGCUAAACAUCAAACAGUCUAUGGUUUUAUUAAAACUAAAGACUCUUCAUUUAUAACUACUUGUCAGAGUAUUGGUUUUUCAUGGGUUCCACAAGGAAGUAUGUCCUGGGUCCAUUACCAGCCUCGCAGUGUAAUCAUAAAUGACAGAAUCCCAAAGGUUCCAUCCUCUAGCAAAAUUUCAGAAAAUGGGUCUCAUAAUGAUUAUGAACAUCCUAGCAAAGAAAAAGAUUUAUUCCUUAAUGCUUUACCACUGUCUUGUAAUGAAUGUUCUGGAAUUCCUGCUAUUGGCAAAUCAGCCUGUGUGCAUGUAAGCAUUAGUUAAGAUGUUUAGUUUCAUCAUCAGAAGUUAUUUAUUCCAUCUCUGCAUAUCUUAGUGUCAGUUACGACAAUCUCAAAUCAUCAUAAUAGAAAUUAAAAGAAGGGAAACCAUUGUUUCAGUCCCCUAAAUAUCAUGAGUAAAAACAAGUAAUAAAACUUAUAAAACUAAUAAUACCAUGGUUAGUGCAAUAAUUUUAUAAAUUUGUUCACAAAAUAGUUAAACAUCAUUGUUUUAUUUCCCUCAAAUGCAAACAUUCCUUACACUAAGAUUUACUGCCAGUGAUGAUUUAUAGUGUAUAGAUAACCUCAGCUUACAAGGCUGCUAAUUGAUCCCCAUCUAGGAUUUAAGAUGGUUAGAUUUGUGGGAUGUAAGUCCAUUUGAAAUUGGUGCUCCAUUUAUAAAGCUGUUUUUUUUUUAAAAAGUUGAAUCAUUUUGUUGUGAAAAUGUCUGUGAUAAUUGAUUACAUGGGUUAUGUGACUUGCACGUUAUUAAGUUUUCAUGAAAGCAGACAUUCAUUCUGGUAAAAUUAAUCAUCAUUCAACUAAAUUCUUUAUCACCAUUUUCUACCUAUUUAUUUACUGUUGAUAAAUUAUUGUUAUAUUUUACCUAUUGAUCACAUUCAAAGUUAUGUGUUGCACUAGUAUUCUGAUGUUACUUUUCACCAUAUUAACUGACUGACUGUAGUGUAUAUGUAACUAUAUACUAUAUAAAACUUCAAAUAAUCUUUACAAUAACUUAAUAAUUUAUCAGGUGCUUAUCUUAAUUUUAUACAAUUAAUAUGACAAAUUAUCAUUCUUGAUGACAUGAAAGUAACUAAUUUUUCAUUAGAUGUCUGUGUAAAUGUUUAGACAAUUGCUUUGUCAUUUUAUAAAAACAGUAAUUAUUUCAUUUACAGUAAUUAUCUCUUUAAUAUUUUACAAUAUAGUAAUUUUACAUAGAAUUGGUAGUCAUGAAAUUUAAAAAGUAAAAUGAAUACUUAAAGUACUUUACAUUAUAGUGUAUUUUAUAUUUUGUUGUUGGAAUUUAUUCUUUCUCAAAGGAAAUGCUAUCUUUUUGAAGAAUGAAAGAUUUAUAUUGGUAAAAUCAUUAAGGUUUUUUCCAACUGUUUUUAUUUGUAUGCUAUUUUACUGUUGCUGAUUUGUUUUCACAUUUCAACCUGUUCACACAGUAGGUUUAAUUUGUUGAUAUAAAUAGCAAUAGAUAAAAUACAAAAAUUACUGCAACAAAUUUUAUAUUAAUCAAAGCAAAGAAAGCCACAGAUUAAUAUGAAGUAAAGGAAUGUAACUGAUAAUAAAGGCUAAUGUGAUGCCCUUUUUUAAAUUGACAUUUAUAAAAUCAAAGUUUUUUUGAUACAUGAAUAUAUUUCUAGUCCUGUUAUUGUGUUAUUUCAAAAUGGGAAAUAUAAUUUUUGCCUUGUAAUUAUUUGUUUUAAUGAAUGCAUUUAAAUGUAUAUAUGUAUGGACAUGACCAAUCAGUGGUGUAAAUUAAGCCUAUGCAUCUUAAAUUUGUACAUGUUUGUAUAGACAACAUUAUUAAAAAAUAAUGCAAACCCUAAAAGGUAAAUAAAUUGUAAGAUGAAAGCAAAUUUAAUUUCUUACUUUUUAUUGCUGAUUAACUUACUGUAUUUACUCAUUGAGCUAAACCCAACCCUCCUCCACUUUUUGUAAAACAUGCUCAUAUAGAUUUUGUAUGGUCAGCAGAUGAUGCAGUAACUACUGUUUCAUUCAUGGUUUCCAAUCUCACUCUCAAUUCCCCUAAACUCUUUCCCAAGAAAGAAAUAUUCUAAAACAGAUGAGCUUCUGCAUGAGCAUACAGUAGUUAAAUAAUGGAACUUUUACAUACUAAUAAACAUGCAUAUGUAGUUAAAUAGAAACAUAUUUUUAUAUGUUGUAAAUUUCAAUUUGAGAAUUUCGCCCAUUAUUAUGGCAAUUGAGAUGGUAGGAAGAGAUUUCUAACCCCAUUCAAUACAUUUUUUUGUCUUUGGUGUUGGUAAUUUUAAUUUCUUUUUUUAUUUGAUUUAAACAUUUUUUAAAUUGAGUGCUUGUUUGUUUGUAGCUAUAAACCCAUAAAUGAUUGGUUUAGCAGUGUCGUCCCUUUGCACUGUUAAUUGACCUUCUUUCACAUUAAAAUACUUUUUAUAUUUUAUUGCCCAUAACUUGUUGGGUUUGUAAACUUAAUUAAGAUUGUUGUAAUUGGCAUUCAAACGAUCACACAUUUUUUCUUAUGUAAUUUUAUUUUAAAUCAUUUAACUUGUAGUGCAUUCAUUCUUCAAUGCAAAGAAUAUGUAAUUGGUUAUAAUCAAGAUGCUUUUUAUAUAUUUUUAAAAACUUUAUUGUCAAGCAGGGAACAUUUAUAAAAACACAUGUACAUUAUUUAACAUGAGGGUAAGAAAUGGAGUUCAUUUAGUAUAGUUUGAAUUGCUACAUCUCAUAUUUAGCCAUGACUUGUGAGCAUGUCAUUUUAAUAAUUUGAUUCAGCAUUUCUGUAGAGGGGUCAUCUUUGUAAACAGUGUGUGCACAAAAUUAUUCUUUCACAUUCCUUACUUAUACAUUUAAUCAAGUUUUUUAAAUGUCUACUUUGUUAAAUAUAAUUUGAAGAUAAAAUAUUUAGAAAAAUUAAAUUCACUGUAUAGUAAAUAGGACCUCCUUUAAUGUUUUUUUUAAAAUGACAAUCUUAUACCAUUAGCUUGGUUAGAUUUAAAAAAAAUUUUUUUACUAGGCAUAAACAUAAAGUAAAUGUAGUGUAUAGGGGACACAGCAUAAAUGAAUAGCUGAGUCCAAUGGGUUUUUAUGUCAAUUUGAAAAUGUUUUACAUAUUUUUAGUUGGUUUCUCGAUGUCAAAUAUUAUAUUUUUAAAAUAAUUUUUGUAUUUCUUAGUUUUUUUUAUUCUCUGCACAUUCAAUUUCAUUUAAUAUGAUUUAUGUACCAGUCAUUUUUAAUCUUACAAGUGUCCCCUUUUUAUUAUUUAGGCUCUAUAUCUCUUUACUAAUACUUGUAUUUGAAAACAAAACAAGGAAGCAAAAUAAGAUCAACAGUGAUGAAUUUGUAUUAAUAAAAAAAAAUGGCAGUACAUGGAGUUAUCGAAAUUUGUCUUGAUUUUAUUAUCAUUUAUUAAUCUGUUUUUUGUUUUCAAGUUAUGAAAACCAUCAAGGUUAAAAAAGAAAAUCCAGAAAAUAUAAAUUAGUUCAAUUUUAUAGCAUGUUUAAAACAAAUUUACCCAUGACAUUUGUUCAUGCCAAAUAAAGUUAAUUCCCUUAAUUUAUUUUUGCUCAUGCUUUUUUAAUUUGAAUUCAAGAUUUUUAUCACCAUUACUAGUACUAUUAUUAUAACCAGAAUGACAUCAACAUUAAUUGUAAAGGAUUAUUUGUUUUACUAUUUAUGGGUUGUUACAACAGAAAAAUGAUGGGUUUUUAAGUUUGCAACCAAAUAUUUUUAUAAAUUCUUUGUAAUUGUUUGGGUUUGUUGACUAUUAUGUAAAUAGUGUGUAGAUCUCAGUUAAAAUGUUGAUUGCGGUUUUAGUUGUUUUUGGUGCAAUGACCAACACAGGUACAUGGUGAUCUAAAUACUUAUGAUACAUUUCCCUAUGGAUUGAAUUAAAAACUUGAAGUCAAUUACAACAUUGAUUAGUAAGAAUCAGAUGCUAAGAGUUAAACCUAUUUUGAAAUAAUUCUCAAAGUUGCCGUCAGGAGACAUUGUCAUAUUAACAGAUCUUAAGCCAUGUAUCACUUACAAUUAAAUAUUUAUUUAAAAGAAUUCCCAAAUGAUACCUGUGAUUUUGACAACAUAUAAUGUACAUGACUUAAUUUAGUCUUGAUGAAAUGACUAAAUAUUAUUAUAAUUUAUGUUUAGAAUAAUAGUGACUAUGCAUAAAUUUGAUCAGUUUUAGAUAUAAUGAUCAAUGAAUGUUCUCAUUGUUUCCUAAUUAUGGCUUAAGUGUAAAAUAAUGUAUUCUAUGCUCUGUAGCUGAUCUAUAAAUAAAUAUUUGUUA